AUGACACAGUCAUUGCGCUUACAGGAGAAGGUUGCCAUUGUGACCGGUGCUUCUUCGGGCUUAGGUCGAGCUAUCGCGAUUUGCUUUGCGCAAGAGGGUGCCAAAGUAGUCUGUGCUGAUUUGACACCAACGGCCCGUUCUCAGGAGGAAGCUGGAAUUACGACACAUGGUUUAAUUAUCCAAGAGGGUGGACAGGCCGUCUUUGUGCAAACAGAUGUCGGUGAUGCCCCUCAGGUGGCGGAUUUGGUCAAGAAAGCUGUGGAGGUCUAUGGAAGACUCGAUAUCCUGGUUAACAACGCAGGAAUAAGCAUUGAGGCACGGCUCCCUGCGGUUCUCCAUUUGACGGAUGAAGCAACAUGGGACACGACGAUGCGAGUAAAUGUGAAGUCGGUUUUCCUUGGCUGUAAAUACGCCCUUGCACAGAUGCUGUCACAGGAGCCACAUGCUUCAGGGGACCGAGGAUGGAUCAUCAACAUCUCGUCGAUUAUGGGCAUGAUUGCGGGACCGGAGAAUCCCUCUUACUGUGCAUCUAAAGGCGCUGUUAGCCAGCUCACGCGGCAGAUCGCCUUGGACUAUGCUCCGCACAGAAUCCAUUCUAACGCACUUUGCCCUGGAUACACUCAAACCGCUAUCUUCAAAGAAACGACUACGAAUCUUACACCUUGGGAAGAUCUCAAUCGCCGACACCCGUUGAAAGGCCCCGGUUUCCCUGAAGAUAUUGCCAAAAUGGCUGUUGUUUUGGCAAGUGAAGAUGCUAGCUGGGUCACUGGAGUAUGCUUGCCUGUGGAUGGUGGAUAUACUGCUCGUUAA